GUGGGGAUAGCGCUGCGGCUGAUCAUUUGGUUGGGGGAAGGAAAAGCAGAGCAGCGCCGCGGGUCAUAUAUGAUUAGUUCCCCAGCUCCCUACCGAGCUUUCGGAAUUUCUAUGCUAAUGACAAGAUGUUUUACAUUUUUUGGGGGGGGCGGAGAGCCGUCAGUCUUUGUCGGACAUAUACGCUCAUUUAAAGCGAGUGGCUCUCAACUCAUUGAGGGACACCAUAUUCCAAUCUUGGGUUCAGGAUGUCCCAUCUAAAUUGCUCCUGGGUCUCUUACAGGUCAGGAAGGCAACCACUUGUGAGACUUGGAGGGAGACUCAUUUUGGUAUUUUACACAAAGCUACCUAUGCUCAUAAUCUCUCUUAUGGGAUGCUCCGGCACGCUACCUGCGAAGGUGCCCUAAAUGUGACUUAGAGAAGACAGGUCUACUGCAUGCGCUCUGGGAGUGUCCAGCACUCUUGGCUAUGUGGAAAGAAGUGGGGGAGUAUAUUACACAAGUCUGGCAUCAUGCCCCCACCUCAAUGCAAGUCUAUGGGAGGGGGCGUGAUGGCCGUCACACCCACUCCCAUAGACUUGCAUUGAGGGGGCGGGAUGUGACUUCACCUGGGUGCGGAGUCGUGAUGUCACGAUACUCUGUCCCCGUGGUCGGGAGGCAUAAGACUGAGAGCCUCCAGCGCUUCCGGCAGUACUCACAGGUGGGUGCUGCAUGCUAGAUUGCGAGGGUCCCCAGCGGCGGGUCCCCCGCGAUCAGACAUCUUAUCCCCUAUCCUUUGGAUAGGGGAUAAGAUGUCUUGGGGCUGAAGUAUCCCUUUAAAUGUUGAUUGCGUCUCGGUUGCAAAAGGAGGUCCCCACUUUGACGUACGUUGUAGACACUAUGAAGGGUCUUCUAUUUAUUGAUAGGCCACAGACCUUGCGUAAUACAGAACUUGGGGACGAAAGGUUUUUCAGGGACUGGAGGCGGUUUCUUGAAUUCACCUACCCACCCCAAGAAAUCACAAAAUUCAUGUCUGAUUUUUGCCAUUCUUCCUAGUAUUGUAGGGCAUCCCUGGUGGGUACAUUGGGGAGAUUGCGGGUGGGAGGUGUAGGUUCAGGUUACUUCUCAGUGGCGGUGGUCUGGGAUGGUGCAACGGACGUCUUUUCUCUUGUCUCUACUUCUUUUUCUUUUCUUUCUUUGCUUUUGUGUCUGUUUUAUAUGUUGGCUUCUAUUUCCUUGUUUCAUCUUUCUCUAUCCUACCUUCGAGGUCCUUUGUUUGUUGCGGGCUGAAUGUAUGAUUUCUAAUGGGGAUGAUCCUCUAGUGUGGCUAGGGGAUUACUUCAUUCUCUUUUCUUUCAGUUGUUUCUUUGUUGGGUAUUUUGUUUGAUGUGGGGUAGUUUAUAUUUGUUUUAUGAUCUCUGUACAUUGUUGUAUGGUGGGUGGUGGAUUAGACGUUGGUCUGUGUACCGGGUCCUUCCUCUCUUGGAGAGGUCGACUGCAUGAUGGACAUGGUUCUCUUUAUGAGUGAAGUAGAGGUGCUAGCUACUUGCACUACUUCCACCCUUCACUACUCAGACAUGGCAACAUUAUUUUGGGGACUUACUUGCCUCUGUAUUUGCGAUUUUCUAAGACUUCCAUAACUGCAAUGUAUGCCAUCCACUGUCUAACUGUUCAAGUCUGUUUGGUGUUGUUUCCUUUUAUUGACAUGUUAAUAAAACAUUGUUUUAAAAAAAAUAAAAAAUUAAAGAAGCGAUCUGAUUGGUUGCUAUGGGCAACUUUUCCUCAGUACAGAUUGUGAUAAAUCUCCCCCUUAUAUUAUGAAGACCAAUAUAUAUAAAGGAAAGUGUCACCAUGUUAUGUUCUCGUCUUCAGAUCUAUGUGAGUAUAAAGGACAAAUCCAACCUCAAGAAAGAGACACAACAUAGCGAUACCCUCUGCAGCCGCUUCUCAGGACCUCUGGUUCUGAAUACUGAGAACCACACAAAAUGGACCAUCUUAUCUUAUAAAAGUCCUUACAAAAUUACAAUCCUGAGUCUGGAUAUUUAUAAUGUGAUUUCCCCUCAGAGAAUUCUCCUGGAUGACCCAUCAACCAUGGGGAGAGACAGGAACAAGAUGGCCGACAGGAUCAUAAAUCUUACCCUACAGAUACUCUUCCGGCUUACUGGAGAGGAUUACACAGUAGUGAAGAAGUCCUCUAGUGGGCGCUGUCGGGCCCCUGCGUGUGAAGAAUGGGGAAGAACCCUGAGCCCAAUCCCUGGGCCCCCACCUCACUCCCUGAUACAUGAGGAAAUGGAUGAACAGAAGAUCCUAGAACUCAUCAACAAGAUGAUGGAGCUGCUGACUGGAGAGGUUCCUAUAAGGUGUCAGGACGUGGCGGUCUAUUUCUCCAUGGAGGAGUGGGAGUAUGUAGAAGGACACAAGGAUCAGUACAAGGAUCAGGUGAUGAUGGAGGAUCAGCAGCCCCUCACAUCACCAGUCAGAUCCAGUAAGAGAACAGCACCAGAGAGGUGUCCCCGUCCUCUUCUUCCACAGGAUGAUCAGGGAGAAGAGCCGAACAAUAUUAAUGCUCCAAACAUAAAGGAAGGAGAAGAGACAGAUGUGACCGGUGAUGAGCAGGAUAAGGAGGACAUUCGUACAGGGAAAGAUCUGAGCUAUAUUAAUGCUACAGACAUAAAGGAAGAAGAAGAAGAGACAGAUGUGAGCGGUGAUGAGCAGUAUAAGGAGGAUAUUCCUACAGGGAAAGAUCUGACCUAUAUUAAUGCUACAGACAUAAAGGAAGAAGAAGGAGAAGUGACAGAUGUGAGCAGUGAUGAGCAGUAUAAGGAGGACAUUCCUACAGGUAACUGCCCAGAUUCUUGUAUCGGGAGAUCAGAGGGGAAUCUUAUAUCUUCAGAUUAUAAAGCAGAUGAUGAUAUCACACAAGAUACAUAUGAAGAACAUUCCAUUAUCCCAGAUACAUCCUCAGCCCUUCACAGCCAAGAUCUGUCAUCUCAUCCUGUUAUACAAGUCCGACCUAAAGAUUCAUCACAGGCUGUAAAAAGAAAUAAGGAAAAGCGAUUUUCAUGCUCAGAUUGUGGGAAAUGUUUUACUCAGAAAUCAAAUCUUGUUCAACAUCAAAGAACUCACACAGGAGAGAAGCCAUUUUCAUGUUCAGAAUGUGGGAAAUGUUUUGCUCAGAAAUCACAUGUUGUUCACCAUCAAAGAACUCAUGCAGUAGAGAAGCCAUUUUCAUGUUCUGAAUGUGGGAAAGGUUUUGCUCAGAAGUCAAAUCUUGUUCAACAUCAAAGAACUCACACAGGAGAGAAGCCAUUUUCAUGUUCAGAAUGUGGUAAAUGUUUUAAUCAAAAAUCAGAUCUUAUUAGACAUCAAAUAACCCACACAGUAGAGAAGCCAUUUACAUGUUCUGAAUGUGGGAAAUGUUUUGCUCAGAAAUCAAAUCUUGUUAAACAUCAAAGAACUCAUACAGGGGAGAAGCGAUUUUCAUGUUCUGAAUGUGGGAAAUGUUUUGCUCAGAGAUCAAAUCUUGUUAAACAUCAAAGAACUCACACAGGGGAGAAGCCAUAUUCAUGCACAGAAUGUAGGAAAUGUUUUACUAUGAAAUCAGUCCUUGUUGAUCAUCAAAAAACUCACACAGGAGAGAAGCCAUUUUCAUGUUCUGAAUGUGGGAAAUGUUUUACUCGGAAAUCAAUACUUGUCAGACAUCUAAAAAUACACACAGGAGAGAAGCCAUUUUCAUGCUCAGAAUGUGGAAAAUGUUUUACUUAUGAAUCACAACUUGUUAAACAUCAAAGAUCUCACACGGGAGAAGCUAUUUUCAUGCACAUAAAAUCUAAAUCAGUCCCAAAAAGAAAGGAACCUUCACAGGGUAUAGCACAUAAUUUAGAUUUGGAGGUAAGAUCACCUCCUUUCCACUCUUUAACCCAAAUAGCCCGUCUGGCAGAGUUGGCACAGGCCGAGGCUUUAGCGGAUAGUCUUCGGGUGUCUGCAGAAGCAUCCGAUAUAAAGUCUGCCGCUGCUGCCAAGAUCUAUGUGAGUAUAAAGGACAAAUCCAACCUCAAGAAAGAGACACAACAUAGCGAUACCCUCUGCAGCCGCUUCUCAGGACCUCUGGUUCUGAAUACUGAGAACCACACAAAAUGGACCAUCUUAUCUUAUAAAAGUCCUUACAAAAUUACAAUCCUGAGUCUGGAUAUUUAUAAUGUGAUUUCCCCUCAGAGAAUUCUCCUGGAUGACCCAUCAACCAUGGAGAGAGACAGGAACAAGAUGGCCGACAGGAUCAUAAACCUCACCCUACAGAUACUCUUCCGGCUUACUGGAGAGGAUUACACAGUAGUGAAGAAGUCCUCUAGUGGGCGCUGUCGGGCCCCUGUGUGUGAAGGAUGGGGAAGAACCCUGAGCCCAAUCCCGGGGCCCCCACCUCACCCCCUGAUACAUGAGGAAAUGGAUGAACAGAAGAUCCGAGAACUCAUCAACAAGAUGAUGGAGCUGCUGACUGGAGAGGUUCCUAUAAGGUGUCAGGACGUGGCGGUCUAUUUCUCCAUGGAGGAGUGGGAGUAUGUAGAAGGACACAAGGAUCAGUACAAGGAUCAGGUGAUGAUGGAGGAUCAGCAGCCCCUCACAUCACCAGUCAGAUCCAGUAAGAGAACAGCACCAGAGAGGUGUCCCCGUCCUCUUCUUCCACAGGAUGAUCAGGGAGAAGAUCUGAACAAUAUUAAUGCUCCAAACAUAAAGGAAGAAGAAGAGACAGAUGUGAGCGGUGAUGAGCAGUAUAAGGAGGACAUUCCUACAGGUAACUGCCCAGAUGACUGCAUCAGGAGAUCAGAGGAGAAUCUUAUAUCUUCAGAUUAUAAAGCAGAUGAUGAUAUCACACAAGAUACAUAUGAAGAACAUUCCAUUAUCCCAGAUACACCCUCAGCCCCUCACAGCCAAGAUCUGUCAUCUCAUCCUGUUAUACAAGUCCGACCUAAAGAUUCAUCUCAGUCUGUUAAACAAAAUAAGGAAAAGCGAUUUUCAUGUCCAGAAUGUGGGAAAUGUUUUCCUCGGAAAUCAUAUCUUAUUAAACAUCAAAGAAUCCACACAGGGGAGAAGCCAUUUUCAUGCACAAAAUGUGGGAAAUGUUUUGCUCAUCAAUCAAAUCUUAUUAAACAUCAAAGAAUUCACACAGGGGAGAAGCCAUUUUCAUGCACAGAAUGUGGGAAGUGUUUUACUCAUAAAUCAAAUCUUAUUAAACAUCAAAGAACUCACACAGGGGAGAAGCCAUUUUCAUGCACAGAAUGUGGGAAAUGUUUUACUCAGGAAUCGGGUCUUUUUCAUCAUAAAAAAACUCACACAGGAGAAAAGCCAUUUUCAUGCACGGAAUGUAGGAAAUGUUUUACUAUGAAAUCAAGGCUUGUUGAUCAUCAAAAAACUCACACAGGUGAGAAGCCUUUUUUAUGCACAGAAUGUGGGAAAUGUUUUACUAUGAAAUCAAAUCUUGUUAAACAUCAAAGAACUCACACAGGGGAAAAGCCAUUUUCCUGUUCUCAAUGUGGGAAAUGUUUUACUCGUCAAUCAAAUCUUGUUAAACAUCAAAUAACUCACACAGGGAAGAAGCCAUUUUCAUGUUCUGAAUGUGGGAAAUGUUUUACUCACAAAUCAAGUCUUAGUGAUCAUCAAAAAACUCACACAGGAGAGAAGCUAUUUUCAUGCACAGAAUGUGGGAAAUGUUUUACUCUCAAAUCACGUUUUAUUAAUCAUCAAAAAACUCACACAGGAGAGAAGCCAUUUUCAUGUUCAGAAUGUGGAAAAGUUUUUGCUCAGAAAUCAAGUCUUGUUACACAUGAAAAAACUCACACAGGAGAGAAACCAUUUUCAUGUUCUGAAUGUGGGAAAGGUUUUGCUCAGAAAUCAAGUCUUGUUACACAUGAAAAAAUUCACACAGGAGAGAAACCAUUUUCAUGUUCUGAAUGUGGGAAAGGUUUUGCUCUGAAAUCAAAUCUUGUUACACAUCAAAGAACUCACACAGGUGAGAAACCUUUUUUAUGCACAGAAUGUGGGAAAUGUUUUACUAUGAAAUCAAAUCUUAUUAAACAUCAAAGAACUCACACAGGGGAAAAGCCACUUUCCUGUUCUGAAUGUGGGAAAGGUUUUGAUCGUAAAUCAAAUCUUAAUAAACAUCAAAAAACUCACACAGGAGAGAAGCCAUUUUCAUGUUCAGAAUGUGGGAAAGGUUUUGCUCAGAAAUCAAAUCUUGUUACACAUGAAAAAACUCACACAGGAGAUAAGCCAUUUUCAUGUUCAGAAUGUGGGAAAUGUUUUACUCUGAAAUCAAGCCUUGUUUAUCAUGAAAAAACUCACACAGGUGAGAAGCCUUAUUCAUGCACAGAAUGUGGAAAAUGUUUUAUUCGGAAAUCAAAUCUUUUUCAACAUCAAAGAACUCAUACAGGAGAGUAGCCAUUUUCAUGUUCUGUGAUUAAUUUCUGUGGGAAAUGUUUUAACAAUAAAUCACAUCUUGUUACGCAUCCAAGAAGUCUCACAGCGAAGCCAUUUUUGUGUUCAGACUGUGGGACAUGUUUUUCUGAGAAAUCACUUAUCAAACAUCUAAGAAUUCAAACAUGGGUAAAGCCAUUUUCAUGAUAAGAAUGUGGGAAAUGUUUUACUGACAAAUCAAAUCCUAGUCAUCAUCAAAGAACUCACACGGGAGAAGCCAUUUUCAUGUUUACAAUGUGGGAAAUGUUUUAAUCAGAAAUCAAGUCUUGUUAAACAUCUAAAAAUUCACACAUGAGAGAAGCCAUUUUUAUGUUCAGAAUCUGGGAAAUGUUUUACUCACAAAUCACUUAUUAUCAAACAUCUAAGAAUUCACACAGGAGAGAAGCCAAUUCAGAGUAAUAAAUGAUGCAGAUAACACAUCUAUAUAUUAACCAUGUACAUAGGAUAUCUGACAUUUAUACAUAUAUCAUAUACUGCAUCUCCAAACUUGUUCCCAAUUGAUAAUAAAAGUUUUCUUUUAGAACGUAGUCACCGAUCCAGCGAUGUCAUCACUAUAGUUACCAUGGUAGGAAAAGAGUGUGAUAUAUGGUUGUGAUAUUCACUGCUCCUCAUGGAGAAGACCCAACAGGCAUAAUCCAUGGGGAGCUGCUACUGG